AACUCAUUUGAACUUGUGCGUUACUUAACGUCGUCCGAAGGUGGUCUGUCAGUUGUAGUCUCUCCACUUUUGCCAGUUUCAUUAAUAAUUCAGAGCCCGUCUAUAUCAAGCUUAUUUAGUAGACGAAAGUCAUCGAGUUCUUCGAUGGUGUCAAGGUCCAGACUUUGGAUUCGUAUGAACUGAAGAGAAUUUACGAGAAUACUAAAAGCGUUGACAAGCCCAGAACAAACUACUUGUCAGGUGACCAUUGACUUUCUUAUCGAAUCACCAACUAAUGAAACUUGUCAACUAAACACGUAGUUGAAGCUUCAUCUGUUGACGCAUAUAAAAGAGAGUUGGAUCAAAUGAUGGACCAUUAUCGCCAGGACUAAAACAGCCCACCCAGUCUUCUGUUUUUCCCAAGCUGAAACAGACUUUCAUUACUAAAUAAUACAGAUUUUGUUGUUGCAAUCGGUAUAUCGAUGACGACCAAUCAGUCUUCAUCUCAACCAAUUGGACAGUCAAACAAAAGCCCAAGAGAGCACUCUCAUGGUGGUCUUCCGACAUCUAGUUCAGCACCUCGUAGUCGUUUACCUGGUCAUAAUCACUCGUCCCGUGAAUCACUAGAUUCUAUCAAUCCCGAUCAAAUGCUUUAUUAUGGGGCGAAGCAGAUAAUCAGUUUAUUUAUACCAGUGACAGUUUGUAUGUUGUUUGUUGUUGCUGUCGCUUCGACAGUUGACUUUUAUGGACAUACGGAUCAGUAUUUGUUGUAUACACCUUUUCAUACUCCAGAUGCAGAUAUUGGGACACAAACAUGGCAAACAAUAGCUAAUACUUUGAUAUUUAUGAGUGUGGUUGUCGUAAUGACAUGUGUCCUUGUUUUACUGUUCAAGUAUCAGUGUUAUAAGUUUAUUCGGGGUUGGAUAAUUAUGACGACCAUCUUCUUACUUUUCCUGAUAUCCUUCAUGUUUUUUGCUGAAGUUCUUCGAGCUAUGGGUGUAUUUGUUGAUUACAUUACAGUAGCGUUUGCUUUAUGGAAUUUCGGUGUUGUGGGAAUGAUAGUUAUUCAUUGGCGUGGACCAUUAGUUCUACAACAAGCGUAUUUAAUAUUUAUAUCUGCACAGAUUUCAUUAAUGUUUCUAAAAUAUUUACCCAAAUGGACGUGUUGGCUUGUUUUAGCAGCGUUAAGUGUUUGGGAUAUAGUAGCUGUUUUGUGUCCAAAUGGACCAUUGCGAUUGCUUGUAGAAAUGGCUCAUGAACGACAACAACCUCUUUUCCCUGCCCUUCUAUAUUCAACUACUACAGUUUAUAUUGUCAAAAAACAUGAACCAGUUGAGAGAGUUGAAAAUGAUCAACAGUUUGUUGGAUCCACUAUUACAUGUUCUAUUGAUGCUCCGAAUGAAGCGUCAAAUGUUAAUUGUACUACACAAUCUUGUCCUACUACAUCUGAGUUGGUAGUUUCAGAUAACGAUAACCAGCCAGUAACAGCGAAUCCAAGAAACAUGUCAAAUAUUCCUAUUAAUACGUCCGGAACUGACGUAAUUGUAGUUGAUACUCCUGAUGACAAUACGAGUAAUAAUGAUGCCAAGAGUAAUAAUGAAACUAUAUCACAGGCACCUCAUGAAACAGAUACACUUGUAGCAGGUCGGCUUAAUCGUUGGCAAGAUCUGCAAGUAUGUUGCUUUUUUAUACAUCAGUUUUUUGUAAUUAUUACUACGUAACAUCAUGUUUACAUCGGUCAAUAUCCUUACAUUGAUUAAAAUCGUCGUCAUGUUUUUUAGUGAUAGUCGAAAUCAUUUUAUAUGGAUUGACUAAUACGGUAAAUGCCAUUUGUCAACAAAAAGCAGAGUAUGGUAGUGAACGAAGACUUGAUGGGGAAAACCAACUUUUUAGUGCAAAAUUACACAACACCUUAGUAAAAUAUGGAAAUCAUACAUUAAAUACCUUCUUUGCGUUGUUCUUCGCCUACUUCAUUAUCGCUCAGACUGUGUUGUUACUUUGAUUGCUCUCCGGUUUCCUUUCUGUUCUCUUUAAUUCAAUCUUUUGCUGCCAGGCAUUCCACUUCAGAUCGCGGCUACAUACUACUUUAUAUCUGUGAGCAUAAUUAGCAUACACCACAUGCAGUCGUUUCGGUCUGCCUAUUGAUCACAUCACACUGUUUAGCCGGUAUAUGCUGACACAAAUAAUAUAUCUGUAUUUGUUCAUUGUGUCGUAUAUUUCCAUAAAAAUUCAAAAUCUUAUUCAGUACAACUAUUUGAGAACUUUACAUAAAUGUGUAGUGAUCCACGAGGCUACACCAUUCAGUAUAUAAUAUGUUUAAUAUUCAUGAUACAAAUGACAGGUAUGUGGUCGGUUCUUACAACAUACAGAUAAGAAAUCCGAUAUAGUAGGUUUGUUGUAAAUCUAUCCAGGUUAUAUCCUCUAUUUUUUAGUAUUUCAAAAAAUCCAUCUUGUUGAAAGAUAGAACUGUAAAUGAUAUUUAAAUGACAUCUUACUUUAAUCUUUUCUCAAAUUCUUUGUUGCUUCUUGGUGACUUAACCAACUAUUCACUGUGUAAUGAGUAGCUCUAAUGAACAAAUCAAAGGCUAUCUAGUAUGUUUCUCUAAUUAAUUUUUGUUAUCAGAUUACUAUAUUGUUAUUUUUCCUAGUAUUGUUACCGGGUAUGAUUUGAAACAUACAAUCAUCUCGUACUGUUUACGUACAGUCAUUGCUUUAGCAUUUAUUAAAUGACAUUGAACGCAAAUCUGUAUUGUGUUGUACUGUAUCCUGUCAUAGGUUUUUGUUAUACAACGGGUGGUUAUCAAAUUAGAAGUGAAAAGUCCUGGCCUUUUUCUAAUCUUCAAGUUACACUUGAAAAUUAAUCUCCAUUCAUUUUCUUUCAAGUUUUGAUUUUUGCCAAAGUUUACGAAACCAUCACUUAAUAAAAUAGCUCAGGUCUAUAAGAGUUCCUGACAAUUAGAUUUCUAAGGUUUCGAAGGAUACUAGUUAGUGCUUUUCAAAUGGUCAGUUUACUGAUCUGUAUCCUAAUUAUUAGUUUAACCAACUGCGUCUUUAGUAAAGCCAUCUCAAGAUUAAAGGUAAUAAUAAACAUAUCUGUAGAGAUUGUUGAAUUUUACGAUUAACAUCAGCAGCGGCAGUCUCUGUAUCAGUAGACCUCAACAUACACAAGGGAAAAAGCAAGAUCCUCAAUUACAUCACAGAACACCAACCCAAUCACACCCAAUGGAGAAGCUCUGAAACUGGUGAAAAGUUUCACGUACCUGGUCAACACCAUUGAUGAAUAGAAAGGAUCUGAUGCAAACGUAAAUGCAAGGGUUGGCGAAGCAAGGGCGGCAUUUCUACAGUUGAAGAACAUGCGAAACUCAAAACAAUUGUCUACAAGCCAAUAUCAAAGUCAGAAUCUUCAAUACGAACGUCAAGACAUUUCUACUAUAAAGAGCUGAAAUUUGGAAAACUACCACAACCAUCAUAAAAAAAGUACGAGUAUUUAUAAACAAUUGUCUACGCAAGAUACUGAAUGUCAAUUGGCCGGAUACCAUCAGCAACAGCCUACUUGGGAUAGAACAAACCAGGUUCCAUCUGAGGAGGAAUUUAGGAAAAGACGCUGGAAGUGGAUGGGACAUAAAUUGCGGAAAACACCAAACUGCAUCAUGAGGCAAGCUCUAACUUGGAAUUAUGAAGGAAAACAGAAAAAAGGAAGACCAAAGGUCACACUGCAUCGGGGAUCGGAAGCAACUGGAAUGAAUUGCCGAGGACAGAGUUGAAUGGAGAACGCUGGUGGACUACCUAUGCUCUUCUACGAGGGAACAGGCGUAAGUACGCAUUGAUUUAAACAAAGCAACCACUAAAAUUUAGGAAGCAUUGGGCAAAUACUUCGCCCUAGUAUGGAGCUCUUCAUGAGUGCACAUCCCUUGCCCUAUUGGGGAUCGGACUCAAGAACCUCAGGCGCUCAACCUUCAAACCACUGGGUCGGUAUCCAUAUGUUUAACUCCUGUUAAUUCCCCAUAUUGUGUAAUUUGUUUUUGGGUUGGUCUAGCGCUUUUAUUACUGUUAUUAUUUAUUAUUAUUACUUGUCAGCAUACAUUAUAUGUUUACGAAUCCAUGUGAAAUGUGGCUUGAGAGAUUUGCGUCAUUGUAAUUACGUAGGCCAUUUAAAUAUUUUUCAGAUUGUGUAUAUGUAUAUAUAUGUAUAUAUUCAUUGACCAGUCAGAAAAUUAUCAUGAAAUUAACUCGGUUCAUAACAACUGUUGGAAAAAGGCAAUAACAUAUUGCUAAAUUAUUACAAUCUGUUCAGACCACAAUUUGGACACAUCUAAAUAUAUUUAAUUAGUUCAAUAAAAUACAGUUAACUGAUAGAAGUUCGAUUAUAUAUAUAUAUAUAUUCAAGAUUUGGGAGAAAGUUAUGGUAUUUUUUAAUUGUGUGUUGUUGAAUAAUAGUUUGGUUAUGUAAGUACUUAAGUUUCGACUACUUAGUCUCAGGUUCGAACCCUGUUCCAUCUUCAAUUUUAAUAAAUUUAUGCGGUGUUAUUGACUCUCUUGAGUAGUAUCUGGUUUUGUUCCGUUGUGAAGUAAUUCACAGUAAUUCUGAAUUACGAACGAUUGAACGAUUCUCCUAAUAAGAAACCGAGCCAAUGAGAGCUGCAUAGACGGGACAAUGAAUACUCAAAACUUUAACAAUAAUCCCUUACUUUAGUGAAGAAGGGAAAUUGCUUGAUAUUACAGUAUGUUGAAACUGCAAUGAAACAACUUAGUUUACGUAGCAAUAGCCAUGGCCUUGAAAUAACAAAAUAAUAAACUAAGAGCGAAAACCAAUCCGGUAGCGACAGAGGUUGGUGGGGUAUUAUGACGCGGAAAAAAUUGUCAAGGUUAUUUUUGUACGUUAUAACGACGAUUUAUUAAUGAAAUAUAAAAAGAACUAGAUAAUUUUAGGUUUUCUUAAAAAAUCUAAAUCCGGAUUUGCAAAUCCGUUUUCGGUUUCUGAGUUGCGUGGAAACAUUUUCUAAUUUACACCGGGUGAAAUGGCAUCUGCAUACUGUACAACUCAUCUUUAUUAUUUAUGUAUUCAGUCAAUAAGAAAAGAUUUUCUUUAUGUCAUUAUUCAUGGAUUGGAUUAUUGGCUGAUUUAUUACAUGUGCGUUAAAAUCAUUUUAUGCUGGUCAUAUCACUAUCUGUGUUGAAGUUCACAGUUACAAUUUUACUCAUGAAAGUACACUAGGAUCAUUGAGUGACUAUUGUAAUCACGAUCUGAACGUAGCUGAAUGUGAUGAUAGGCAAUUAAUUUAGCUUUGUUCUGGCCUAAGGUGCAUAUGAUUAGAAGAAAUAAGAUUUAUACUGGGAAGCUUACCUUAUCAAUAUGCAUUUACUUAGAUGAGUUCCAGUUAAAAAUGACUACCGCUCAAUAGUAUGAAUCAUCUCUAUACUUUUGAAACUAAACUUAAUACUUUAGGUUCCCUGGAAGACACAGAAGUUACGUUUGAGCUACUCCACUAUAUUCCGAUUAAUACUUUCCCCUAACCAUAAUAGUCAGUCAGUCAGUAACAACGUAGAACUUCGUACGUACGUACAUCAGUUCGAGUUGCCACACCACAUUAGCACACAGAUGUAGUGGUUGAUUCAAAUCCCGUAGUGGUAGAGGUAAUAAGAGUAUAAGCAGUAAUCGGGAAAAUUAGUGUUUGGAGAUGUUAUUUAAAGAGUAUAAUACAGUGAAAUAAAUUUGGGAAGAGAAAAACAAGAGACAAGGAGGAAUAAGGAGAUCAAAAUUUGGGAGAACACAAAGAGUGUAUGCACCUGCGCCAUUGCAAACGAUUUUGAGCCAUGUCAUUCAGGGUCUCUAACCAUCGGUUGCUAUCAUCUUGCGGUCCCCAACCAGGUAGUCUACACCUACCAACAUGACUCAGACCACUUGUCAGUGACUUCAUGGACUUGUGCCAUAAUAAAUCGAAGACAUUGUCAAAUCAAACCAUAAUCCAUUUAUUUAUUAUCUUUCUUAUUAAACAUUGUUGAAAUCAUUCGUUGUAAAGAUAUAACGACUGGUAGGUUCAGUCGUUUUUAGCUAUUAUCAAUAUUCAUUUCAAUGUUUAAUGUGCAUUUGUUAUUUACCUCUACCUUAUUCUGACUAUUAUUUUAACAGGCAGAUUUAAUUGAUCGUGACUCAAAGGGUGUAAAACUUGGUUUAGGCGAUUUUGUAUUUUAUAGUCUAUUGAUUGGUCGUGCAACACUUGAUGGCGAUGCAGUCACUGUAGUCACAUGUUAUGUGGCUAUAUUAGUUGGAAUGUGUAUUACUGUUAUAGUAUUGGGAAUUACACGACAAGCAUUACCAGCUUUACCAAUAUCCAUAACAUGUGGUAUAUUAUUUUAUUUUGUCAGUUCAGCGACAAUAUCACCGUUUCUUGAGGCAACAGCAGCUGAACGUGUGUUCUUCUGAAAUGAUCUAUUAUUAUAAUUAUUAUCGUUAUUAUUAUUAUUGUCACCACAGCUGUUAUUAUAAUUUUUUUUCUUGUUUUUAUACAAUUUUCAAUGUUACCGUUGACUUGGAAUACUCAUUCAUGAUUUAUUAUCUGUUAUUUUUAUGUUUAAUAUUCAACUUUUAAUUGUGAAUUUUAGGUCCAAAAUUAUAAUGAUAAGUUUUCAAAGGAUUUUUAUUCAAUAAUACAAGUAUUUUAAGAUAAAAACAUGUCUUGGAAAUUCUACUAAUAUAUAAUCAAA